AGCCCCAAGAUAAUGAAAUCUAUGCCAAACAAGGAGUAACUUUUACGAGGGAGAGCAUAAAAAAAAUGCUAGAAGUUAAGUGGUUAGUGUUGCUCAUUAGUAUUAUAAUUAGCAUUAGUAGUUCAAGUAAGGGAACUAAUGGUGAUACUAGUGUCACGAGUAAAUACGUUAGGAAAAAUCCUGCAUCCUUUGAUAUUCCUCUUGACAGUGAUAUCAUUGCUGCUCCUAAAGCCCACAAUGCUCCACAACAGGUACACAUUACUCAAGGAGAUUAUGAUGGAAAGGCAGUGAUAAUCUCAUGGGUGACACCUCAGUUACAUGGGUCGGAUACCGUGUACUAUGGAACAACAAAGGGUCGAUAUACCUCUAAAGCAAAGGCAACAAAAACAAGUUAUAGCUUUAAUAACUACAAAUCUGGACAAAUUUAUCAUUGUCUUGUUGAUGGAUUAGAGUACAACACCAAGUACUAUUAUAGAAUUGGAAGUGGUUCUUCUAGUCGAGAAUUUUGGUUUCAAACACCUCCAGAAGUUGGUCCGGAUGCUCCAUACACAUUUGGACUAAUCGGUGAUUUAGGACAAACAUUCGACUCAGUUUCCACCUUACAACAUUACAUGCAAGGCGAAGGGCAGGCUGUGUUGUUCGUGGGAGACCUUACAUAUGCUGAUCAAUAUUACUACUAUGAUAAAAGUAUGUUUGGUCCGAGAUGGGAUACAUGGGGCCGUUUUGUAGAGCAAAGCACUGCUUAUCAACCUUGGAUUUGGACUACGGGGAAUCAUGACAUCGAUUACUUUCCUUCCUUGGGCUUGUAUGGGGAUUUCUUGCAAUUCAAAACUAGAUACCCUACACCAUACAAGGCUUCUGGUAGCACAGAUGCUCUUUGGUAUGCAGUCAGGCGUGGUCCAGCGCACAUUAUUGUGCUAUCUAGCUACUCGGGAUUUGUAAAAUACACUGCUCAAUAUCAUUGGUUGGAAGACGAACUCAAGAAAGUUGACAGGAAGAAGACACCAUGGCUAAUAGUACUAAUGCACAUGCCACUCUACAACACCAAUUCGGCUCAUUACAUGGAGGGUGAAAGCAUGAGAUCUGUCUUUGAGCAAUGGUUCAUAGACUCCAAAGUGGAUGCGGUUUUUGCUGGUCAUGUUCAUGCAUACGAGAGAUCUCAUAGAGUCUCAAAUGUGAAGUACAACAUAUCAAAUGGUGCGUGCAAUCCUAUCCUAGAUGAAGCAGCUCCUUUCUAUGUAACGAUUGGAGAUGGUGGCAACGCUGAAGGAAUUGCGGGGGAGUAUAUAGUUCCACAACCUCAUUAUUCUGCAUUUCGUGAAGCAAGUUUUGGGCAUGCCAUAUUGGAUAUUAAGAACAAGACUCAUGCCUACUAUUAUUGGCACCGCAACCAUGAUGGCAACAAAGUUACUGCUGAUACAUUUGUGUUGCACAAUCAAUAUUGGAAAAGCUAAACCCAGAUGAUUCGAGCUAGCGCUCCUGCGACAUAUAAUGAGCCACAUUCCUCUUAUUAAUAAGAAAUUUUAAGGAGAUAUUUGAUAUUUCCACAAAGAUUGUAUUAAAGUACUCAAACUUGAUUCUAUUUAUUAUGAUUUGGUUUAAGUUAUAA